AAGAAUAGAAAGGCCGUUUUGAUUGAAAUUCGUGCUGGUGUACCUAGAAAAGUUAAAUCAGAAUUGCGUAUUCCAAUACGAUGGUCAAACUGUCUUCAAGAAGUGCCCUAGACAUUUUCAAUAUGUCCCUACUGCUUUUGGGUCUUUGGUCAGAACAAAUAGACCUCGUAAGUGCAGAUGGUAUGUAUUUGAUUGAUCCUGAAUACUGUGAGUUUUCAAAAAAGACGAGAAAUGAAGUGGAAUCUUGUCCAACAGAUGAAAAAUCAUGGAUGGAUGCUGCAGAAAAAAAGAAAUGCCAGUAUACGCAGGGUUGCACAGAAACGAUGGAAUAUCAUUGUGUUAUAAACCCUUGGGGGAAUGUGACAGUAGAAGUAUGUGCUCCUGUAGCCAAAAUUCUUCCAGGUUAUUGUGCCGAAUACAAUAACGAUGGAGGAAAAGUACAAGAACAUUACAUACCAACUUGUGUGGAAUGCACUGACGCAUACAUGUCAAAUGAAGCUUAUAAAUAUCAAUCUUGCUAUAGAAAAGCGUUCACAUUACGUUCAAUUGGACCUGAAAGUCAACGCGGGAGUAAUGGAAGUGAAUAUAUUGUCAACACAAAGGUCCAAAUCUGCGUCAUAGUAAUUCUUCAAUUAUGUACAUCAGCCUUGUUAAACACUUUUGAAUAGCAUUAGACCUACUACGAGGACAGGCACUGACAUAUUCUACAAUACUUUCUAUAGACUGCAUGUAAUCAUUUCUGUCCUUUCCCUAUUUUUACAUAGGAGCACUCAUAUACCACUAUUAUGUACAAUUGUACAUAAAAUAUAAGAACAUUGUGCAGCUUAUUAUUAUAUCGCAGCUAUGUUAAGGCUUCCGGAAGCUUUUAAACGCGCUCAAAACAUAAUAUGUCAUUGCGAGGUCGGUUUUGGUUUUAAUUUAUAAGUAUUGAACUUAAAUACUUCCAAUUCAUAUAGAGGGUUUCCUCGGCUACAUAUUAACAUAUUUGUUAUGGUAUCACAUGACUUGUAAGUAACAUUCAAACUAACACUAUUUAAUGUUUCAUGUACACGAAAAUACCUUUAUUAACUCAUUUAAAUACAAUACUAUUUUUUUUUAUGGUUGGAUAGAACUACUUCAAUUAAUAUCAUUGUCAUUUUGAAAUGAAACUGGUAGAACGUACAUGUAAAGAAUUUGUGUCUGUUUUCGUAGUAGGUUAAAAAUUAUUAUUGAAUUUAACACUUUGAUUUAUUUUCCACCUUUGCCUUUAUAAAAAGAAAUUGUGUUUCAUGAGUUAUAUGAACACGCUUAUCUUUUAACUAUAAAGGAUAUGU